AUGAUGGAGGAUGGUGAUAUAGAUUCAGAUAUUCCGGAUUUGUCAGGUGACGAGGAAGAAGCUGUAUGUUUUGAUGAAGACGAGAUUGUAGGUCUUAAAGUAAAAGAUGGUGAGAAGGUGGAAGAGGGGCACGAGGAUUCUUUCGGUACGGAAAGCAUGCAUAGUAAAGGAGAAAGAGGUGCCGGGUUUGUGGAUAGAAAAGGUGGGUUUUUUCAAACCAAUAUUACUAGAAAGGGUAAUGAGGUUGCGGAUGGGGGUUCUUCCUCAUUCGUUGCUGCUGCCAUUCCUGUUACAGAUGUGAAUCAAAGUGAACCGAUAAUGCCUACACAUGUUUCUCCGGUUAGGUUGGCUGAGGAUGUGAUGCCAAAUGGCCCAACACAAGUGGUGGAUGACAUGGACGGUGAGAGGGCUUCAGAUUCCCUUUCACAACCUCCUGGUUUUCGGCGAAAGAAAUCAUCUUCUUCCUGUGGAUCUACUAAAUUGUUGAAAAAGAAAGUCCCAGUAGUGGUUGAUGAUAUUGGCGAUGUGUUGAAGCAAUAUUUUGAAAUGGGAGGCCUUCUUGGGUAUGAUAUGGAAUCUAAUAAGGAUCGGGUGAAAAAGAUUUUGUCUAGUAUUGGCAUGGUACAGGUGGAUCAAUGA